AAAAAUCUAACCCAACUCCAUUUUUAUGAUUUGGGUUCGAUAGUUUGAGUUGAUCAAGUAAUUCGGGUCACAUGAACAUCUCUAGUCUCUAGUCUGCACGCUCACUGAAAUGUAUAUUUUGUUUGAUACGAUGAGGACGAUGAUGAUAUUAUACUAGGUGAACAUCAAAGGCUUAAUAGCAAUACAACCAUUUUUUGGUGGAGAGGAGAGAACAAAUUCAGAGGUCCAAUUCAGCAAAUCCCCAAUGUUAAGCUUGGAACAAGCUGAUUGGUACUGGAAAGCAUUUUUGCCAGAUGGGUCCAAUAGAAACCACCCAGCUGCACACGUGUUCGGCCCCGGUGCCGGAGACCUUCCCGACGAGAAGUUUCCGAUGACGCUGCUAAUUGUGGGAGGACGAGACCAGUUACGAGAUUGGGGGAUGAAGUACUACGAGUGGCUUAAAGAGAGUGAUAAAGAAGUGGAUUUGGUUGAAUAUCCAAAUGCCAUCCAUGGAUUUUAUGCUGUUCCUCAGCUCAAGGAUUGUUCUUUGCUCAUUAGAGAUGUAAAUGAUUUCAUCCAGAAAUGUUUGUUAGUAUAAAUUGUGUUCGUGUUUAAGCAUGAAUUGACGAAAAUAUUGGCUUUGAUUUGAUUUCGAAGCUAUGGUUUGUUCGAUAUGAUAACGUGGAAUGUUUGAAACUUCACUCAGAUUUCAAUUUUAUAACAUAAUCGUUCUUGUUAA